UAUAAAUCCGCGGUCACACUGCUCGGCUCGUAACUCUUCUCUUUAGUUUUUUGGGUUUUAUUACGAUUGCACUCACUGGUAUAAAUAAAUACAAUUAAUAAAUUCACGCGCCCCGAGCUCAGCAACAAAUCUGUGUCAAUUAUUAGUCCGUUGAUGCCAAAAGAACUUCCAGCAGUGCAACACAACCCCACGCCACACCAGAAAGCAACACUUUUAGGCGCCUUCACGUUAUUUAUCACAAGACGGCCAGGCCAGGCCAACAGCAGUCGUCGAACACACUACGACGGCACACGGGCUGAAAAAAGAAACAGAAACUGAUGCCCAGCCAAGCGAAGGCCUAGCACAUACAUACACACAUACGUGGACGCUGUUUCUCUGACUAUAGAAUCCGAAUUUCGACUCGCAAACGACUCUUCCAAACAACUGUACACACAAAAGACGCGCACGUUGAAAGUACAUACAGAACGGCACCGCACCGCACCGCACACGAUGGAUGUAUCAAGCUCAUCGUUUGAGUCCUCCAGUGCAACGAUGGAUAAUAACAGCAGCUCUUACACAGGCGAUACCACACUAUACGACAGCGCGCUGGACAACCUAUCCGCCACGGCUUACAAGUCCUGUAAUGAGAGUCUGAUUAGCGAUAUUAGCAACCACAUCUCGAUGCCUACGAAUGGCGCUAGCAAAGUGGACAGCGCAGAUCUUGGCAGCGAAGCAGCUGCCUUCAAGGCAGCCGCUUCUGCAGCGCCUGCUGCAUUCACCGGUCCCACCACCCAAGCUCUAAAUGCCAGCAUGCUGCUCAUCCAAUCGGAGAGCACCGACACGAACACCUCGCAGGAGGAGGUGGAUCCAAAAUCGCAGCUGGCCAACAAGACAAUAUUCAAGACAGAUAAUCCCAAUUUGUCAAUUAUAGAGAUAAACGAUAAUUCGAUUAAAGCCGAGGACCUCGAAAAGGAGGUCGUGCUGAUUGAGGGCGACAACGUUAAGCCCAUACUGAAGAAGUCGCCCAGCAAAGGGCCCGCCCCGGCCCCACCCUCGGCCUCGGACCCAGCCCUGGUCACAGACAAGCGACGCCGUAAGACAGAGUCAUUGCUGCAAACGAGCAAGCAAAAGCUGGACAUCUCCAUAGCCGAGGCCUCGGCAGCAGCCGAUGGAGGAGACAAUGACAAUCGUGAGAUGCUUGUUGCGCCCAGCCAUGAUCAGCCACAGACAAAGCGCGAAAUUACAAUCUACGAUACUCUUGAGGAGUUUGAUCAAAAUCUUCCGUCGACGGUGACGCUGUUGAACACACCGUUUGGCAGCAAGGUCUAUCUCGUCGGAACGGCGCAUUUCAGCGAAGAGUCACAGGAUGACGUCUCUUUUGUCAUACGCAAUGUCCGUCCAGAUGUGGUCAUGGUUGAGCUGUGUCCAUCACGUAUACACAUUCUGAAGCUGGAUGAGAAGACCCUACUGGAGGAGGCCAAAAAUAUCAAUAUACCAAAGAUACGUGGUAUUCUACAGACCCAUGGCUACAUCAACGGGGUCUUCUUCAUUCUGCUGCUCCAAAUGAGUGCUCAAAUCGCAAAGGAUCUGGGAAUGGCGCCGGGUGGUGAAUUCCGUCGGGCCUUCGAGGAGAUACACAAGCUGCCUGGAUGUAUUCUGCAUCUGGGCGAUCGACCAAUUCGCAUCACACUGUACCGAGCGCUGCGCGCUCUGUCCUUGUGGCAGACCAUGAAGCUCGUCUGGCGCCUGACAUUCACAGACAGCAUAAGCAUCGAAGAGGUGGAGGAAUGCAAGCAAAGGGACUUGUUGGAGAAACUGAUGCAGGAGAUGGCCGGCGAGUUUCCUGCUUACUCGGACGUUUUUGUUCGCGAACGUGAUCUCUUCUUGUGCCAUUCCUUGCAGGUGGCUGCCCUCCCACAAGCGACAAUGGGUGGUUCUGGCAUCCGACCUGUACGCGUUGUGGGUGUGGUGGGCAUCGGCCAUGCCAAUGGCAUUGCCAAGAUGUGGGGACAUGUGGACCCCGAUAAGAUACCUUCCAUACUCGAAAUUCCGCCGGCCAGCCUUGGUCAGCGUGUUUGCAAGUUCACCCUGAAGUACGGCCUCAUUGGCCUGGGAUGCUAUGGCGUCAUCCGCUUUGCGCGGCCCCGUCUGACGCGUUUCUUUUGAAUUUAUUCGUGGGGACACCUACUACUUUCGCUACGUUGUUAAAUUUUUAUUUUAUUGACUUGCAAAUCCCUGCGCAGAAUAUAUAAGCAUAUGCCACUCACUGACAAUUAAUUGGUAUUGUAUUGUACAAUUGUUUUGGUAGGGAUCCUUUAUACACGAAAUACAACCACGGAUGUAAAUAUUUACAUACCUGACCCACACACACACAGACACAUCUAUACAAAUCUGAAAAUACUUGUACACAUAAUCCUAGUUGUAGAAUCCUCCCGCAUUCGCUAUGUAGAAAGUGGGACUCGAAUUGGUUAUACACCUGUGUUGUUAUCCUGCGGAUUGUUAAACAAAAAGACAGACCUACACUACAUAUACACGAAACUAAGUUUUGCAUAAUUAAGGCAUUGUAUUGUAUUGUAUGCUGUAUCGUACAAGGUUUCCUAGCAGGGCUGGAUCUGGUGCCCCUUGUGUUAAGCUCAAGAAUACAAUUAAUCAAAUCAUCCUCUUUAAGCAUCCAUCUGCAGCUACAGUACAGCGAUGCUGCUAAUGUUGUAUCUUCCACUUCAUACUCUCUCAUAGAUGUUGUUCAUUCCGUAGUAGCAAACAAAACAAAAAACACUCAAAACAUAAACCACAGCUAGUACAGUUUAUAAUUAAUCGAAACGUGAUGGACCUUCCGAUGGCCGUGCUACAAAUAUGUUAUAUAAAGAAAAAGAGAAGGGGAGGAAUUUUACAAAAAACAAAAAAAAAAACCAAACCAAC